AUGUCGUCCUUGAAACCUGUCGUACGUCUCCCGCGUAACGGAGCACCCGCUGCACAUGGCGCUUUCCCGACAGAAAUAGCGGCAGCAGAGCAAACGGAACAGCGGGGUAGAGGAGUGGGAGAUAGCGCAGAGAAAUUGGCCAGAUCAGGUCGAUUGGACAGAGAAGGGGAAGGAGGUGGAAAGUUAGAGGCAGUUUUCCUGAGUGAGUUCGAGGCGCGGGCCCCGUUUGUGGAGUUUACUCUAUCGGAAGAUGCUGUAAAGGUUGCUUCCUCCCCAAACGCUGGAGGCGCGUCCGUCAUUUCCGAGUCCCUUUCAGUGGAGUACUUUGUGCGCCAUUUCGGUGCAUCUGACAUAAUCUCAGAGAUGGAGGUACAGUACUGCGACAGCAACUGGAAGAAGGUGGAUUACAUCUGCAGCUUGUUUGGGCAGCGCUUUGGAGUGUCGGUCACUCGAGCCAUGAUGUACCCCGACCCUGGUCGAUUUGACUACCACCACGCAAAGGCCCUUCUCAGAAAGAAGCUGCAUGGACUGGUGGUGGCAUGGCCUUCCCAUCUGUGUGCAGAGAGUCUGGCCUUCAAGAGGACGUACUCAUCGUUUUAA